AUGCAUGUCAAAGAAACACAACCAAGCUUCAGCAAGCCCAACAAAACACCAGAGAGGUUGCUAGGGCACACAGUGUUUAACCAAACUGAACAUGAUAACAAACCUGCCCCAUCAAUAGAAGAUAUUCUCUUCCUAGAGAUCAUGGACAGAAAUGUCUACAGAGAUGACACCGGCAGUUGGGUGGCUCCAUUGCCAUUCAAGGAGCCACGGCGACGUUUGCCGAAUAAUAAAGAACAUGCGGUUAAGAGGUUUGAAUCCUUGCAAUGCCAAUUCAGGAGGAAACCUGAGAUGCAGAAACAAUAUGUGGCAUUCAUGGAGAGGAUCAUUGCCAAUGGUCAUGCAGAGGUGGCACCACCUUUGAGGGAAGAUGAAGAGAGCUGGUUUCUUCCAUCAUUUGGGGUAUACCACCCACAAAAGCCCAACCAAAUCAGGGUGGUUUUCGAUUCCAGCGCUCAGUACUGUGGGGUCUCACUCAACGAUGUGCUUCUGACUGGACCCGACCUCAACAAUUCUCUCUUGGGUGUCCUUCUACGCUUCCGAAAAGAGAGAGUAGCAAUCCUCGCUGACAUUCAACAAAUGUUUCACUGUUUUCUGGUUCAUGGAAAUCACCGCAACUUCCUCCGGUUUUUGUGGCAUGAGGACAACGACCCCAAAAAGGCAGUUAUCGACUACCGAAUGAAGGUCCACGUUUUCGGCAACUCACCAUCCCCAGCUGUGGCUAUCUAUGGUCUGCGAAGAGCCAUUGCCGAAGGUGCAGAGAAGUAUGGUACUGACACGGUGAAGUUUGUGGAAAGGCACUUUUAUGUUGAUGAUGGCUUGGUGUCUCUCCCAUCUGAAGUGGAAGCUAUCAACCUUCUCCAACGAACUCAGGCUUCACUUGCUGAAUCAAACCUGCGCUUGCACAAGUUUGUGUCAAACGGUCCAGCAGUCACUGGAGCUUUCCCACCAGAAGAUUGUGUCCCACUCAUCAAAGAUCUGGAUUUGAGUGGCGAGACACCACCUAUGCAGCGCAGCUUGGGCUUGCUGUGGGAGAUUGGAUUAGAUACAUUCACAUUCUCUGCAUCAACUAUUAUCAAACCUUUCACCCGACGUGGUGUCCUCUCCACUGUCAACAGUGUUUUUGAUCCUAUGGGUAUGUUGGCACCUGUCACAAUCGAGGGACGAGCCCUUCUUAGGGAACUUACUUCGGAGUUGAACGACUGGGAUAUACCUCUCCCAGAAGACAAGCUGAAGAAAUGGGAAACCUGGAGAGAUUCUCUUCAAGUCCUGAAGGAGCUUCAUGUGCCACGUGCAUAUGCAUCAGCCUCACUCACCAAAGCUGUGCACACAGAGUUGUGUGUAUUCUCGGAUGCCUCGAACAUGGCCAUUGGGGCCAUCGCCUACUUGAGAGCCAGUCAGGAGGAUGGCAAAGUGGAGGUAGGAUUUGUUAUGGGCAAAGCCAAAUUAGCACCCCAGUCUGAACCCACCAUCCCGAGACUCGAACUCUGCGCUGCUGUCCUUGCAGUAGAAAUGGCGGAUCUUAUCCGAGAGGAGCUGGAUCUGAAAUUGGAUGCUGUCAGGUUCUACACGGACAGUAAGGUUGUGCUGGGGUACAUUUAUAAUACAACAAAACGCUUCUACACGUAUGUCCACAACAGAGUUCAACGUAUCCGGCAGUCUUCCAGACCAGAACAAUGGCAUUAUGUACGCACGGACGAAAACCCUGCAGACCAUGCAUCCAGAUCUUUACCUGCAUCCCAUCUUGCACAAAGUUCGUGGUUCACUGGACCUUCAUUCCUGCAUCAGUUAUCUGCAGAAACAGCACAAACUGGUGAGAAGUUUGAGCUCAUUGACCCAGGCAAUGACUCAGAGAUUCGACCACAGGUACACACCUACACUACUCAGCUGGAGGAACCUGUACUUAACCCUGACCGUUUUCAUCGUUUCUCAACCUUUACAUCUCUAUUGCGAGCAGUGGCAUUUCUAAUCCAUAUGGCAAGAUCUCACAAACAGUCAAACCAGAACAACAGGUGUACAGGAUGGCAUAUGUGUCACUUACUUCGUAAUGUGGAUGAAAUAGCUCAAGCAAAAUGUGUCAUUUUGCAAGCAGCAUAAAGGCCGGCCUUUGCCAAGGAACUGUCAGCUCUCCAAGUAAACAAAGCGGUGCCCACAAACAGCCCUUUGCAUAAACUCAGUCCAACUUUGGAGAGUAACCUCAUUUGUGUUGGAGGCAGACUGAAACAUUCUCAACUGACAUGUGAAGAAAAGAACCCAGUAAUCCUUCCCAAAGACAGUCACAUUUCCUUACUGCUUGUGCGACAUCACCAUGAGCAAGUGAGACAUCAGGGUCGACAUCUCACUGAGGGUGCAGUAAGGGCAGCUGGACUGUGGAUUUUGGGUGGUAAGCGACUAAUCAAUUCAGUCCUCCACAAAUGCGUAAUGUGCCGGAGGCUGCGUGGGAGACUGGAAGAACAACGCAUGGCUGACUUACCGCCGGAACGUCUCAAAGUUUGCCCUCCAUUCACAUAUGUUGGGCUAGACGUCUUUGGACCUUGGUCUGUUGUAACCAGACGCACCAGAGGAGGACAGGCAGAAAGCAAACGGUGGGCCAUGAUGUUUAGUUGUUUGAGUUCAAGGGCUGUCCACAUUGAGUUGAUUGAGUCUAUGGACGCAUCCAGCUGUAUAAACGCUCUUAGACGUUUCUUUGCUCUCAGGGGCCCUGCAAUGCAACUCUAUUCUGAUUGCGGGACCACCUUCAUUGGAGCUAGCAAGGAGCUGGAGAUGGACAAUACUGUACAGAGGUACCUUGGCAAGCAAGGAUGUACCUGGAACUUCGGACCUCCACAUGCUUCCCACAUGGGAGGGUCAUGGGAACGGAUGAUAGGUGUUGCUAGGAGGAUCCUUGAUUCAAUGCUUUUGCAGCAGAAGAGUCACCUAACUCACGAAGUACUGUCAACGCUAAUGGCAGAAAUCACAGCCAUCAUCAAUGCACGUCCACUCCUACCUGUGUCUACGGACCCACACCAACCUUUUAUUCUUUCACCGGCUAUGCUCCUCACACAAAAAUCAGGAGUUCCACCUCCUCCUGGAGAUUUCAUUGACAAGGACCUCUUCACGAAACAAUGGAGGCAAGUUCAAGCGCUCGCUAACUAGUUUUGGGCCCGUUGGAGCCGAGAAUACUUACCAUCUCUACAGCAAAGACAAAAAUGGACAGUGCCACGCAGAAACCUUCAAGUUGGGGAUUUGGUUCUCCUCAGAGACAAACAGACUGUCCGCAACUGCUGGCCCUUGGCUGUGGUUAGGGCAACCUUUCCUGGGAAGGAUGGACAUGUGAGGAAGGUUGAGCUCAAAACAGCCGACCAAGGUGAUGCUAGAACUUUCUUGAGGCCAGUUGCGGAAGUGGUUAUACUUCUGCCUAAGGACUAAUUUAAGGACAGUCAUUUGUACCCAUUCACAUUCACAGUGACCUCACAUAGGCCAGGCGGGGAGUGUGACGCCUCAAAAGGCAUUUAUGUCAUUUAUAUUGUAUGUUUCAUUUAAAGUUAUCCAUUUAUAUGCUUUUAAGUUACAAAGAACAGUGAAGAGGUUAAAAAUGUUAAAUGGGAAGAUUUUAUUUUGAAGGUGAACUUAUUAAUGACCUCACUUCCUGCUGGGUUACAUGCAUUGGUUGAUUUCCUGUUUACUUCCUCUUCUUGGCUGCUCUGAGAGUGAGAGUGUCAUGCGGUCAUGCUCUGAGGCUUAUCCACAGCCAUCCACUUGGGAAUAUUGUUCAGGCAACGCCUUUUCACCGCUUGUCAAAUGAAGGUUCUAAGAGUAAAAAGUCAACUCUA